AUUUGUAUUUGUUUACAAAUUGAUGGAAACUCGUGUCUGCACAACUGGGAAGUGGGUAGUAUUCUGUAAUAUUAAAAUUAAGCAUGAUAAAUGAUUGUUUUUCUUAGAAUUUUUAUGAAUUGGUCGGUUUCUAAAAAAUGAGUGCCGAACAUCAAGAUCUUGUAAAUAUUAUUCGCGGAGUUCACGAUAAAUUAAGAAAGGCAGUCCGUAAUGUUCGGGACAUAGAUAAAGUUUGGGCAGAUCAUUUAGCUGAUGAAGAGACCAGGAAAAAAUAUUCUUCUGCAAUGCUGAAAUUGGCAACUGAAGUCUGGUCUGAGAAAGGUGAAUCAAGAAUUCAAUGGAGCUAUAACACUUGCAUAGACUACUUUUUUGGACAAGGUUUAAAGCGGUGCCUUUUGAGAGCGGCAAGAAAGAAAAAAAUACAGUUCAUGAAAAAAUCUGAUAUUCUAUAUAGCCUAAAUGAUGAAGAUUUGUACCUGAUGCCAAAUAAUUAUGAAAAUAUCACUAGGAAACUGAAACUGCUAGAUGUUGGUAGCUGCUAUAAUCCUUUCUCGAAAUUUUCUGAGUUUUCAUGCGCAGCUAUUGAUUUAACUCCUGCAACUGAGGAUGUUUUAGAAUGUGAUUUCUUAUCUGCAGAAGUAGUUCCUUACUCUAAAAAAGUUGACACUGAUGUGAAUUCUCCUAUAGUGCUUUAUGAAGCAAGUUUUGAUAUUGUUAUCUUUUCCUUAGUGCUUGAAUAUUUACCAAAGCCAGAACAAAGAGCUAUUUUUUGUUAUAAAGCUUGGCAACUUCUGCAAGAAAAUGGUAUCUGCAUUAUUAUAACUCCAGACUCUAAACCUGUGAACUAUAAUGCAAAACUAAUGAAAAAAUGGAGAGAUGGUCUAGAACUAAUUGGAUUGCAAAGGAUCCAAUAUGAAAAGCUUGAGCAUCUUCAUUGCAUGGCAUUUAGGAAAAUAUUGACGUCCCCAACUACAGAAGAUUUACAAGUUUUGCCAAACUAUCUUUGUAUUCCACAAGAUACUAACAAAAAUUCUUCAGAAGAAGAAAACAUGACGAUAAACUCUGAACGAACAGAUAUUGAAAACACUACUGUUUCUUCUCACUUUUCUGAACUUCCUGUGUUUUAUAAUUUAUAAUAUUGGACUUUUUUUUGUUUUAUGAUUUAUAACUGCUCGUUGGUUUGAAGUUUUGUCUCAUUAUUUGAAAGUUACUAAAUGUUAAUACAUAGCAUAAACUAUCUGUGAGAUUCAAAUCAUUUGGUAUGCUUAUUCUUAAGCAAUGAAUAUAAAAACCAUUGUUAAUGAAACACAAUAAUUAUAAUGAAGUAAAUAAUUACCUGAUCCAGAUAUUUUUAUUUCAGUAGUUAACUAGUUAUUAAUAAAUACUAGUUUUUAACAUUUAUAAAAAAUCUAAGGAUUUUGUCUUUUGUCAUUUCUUUGUUCAAUCUUCCAAACACAUUGCAAUCAAAUUGAUAAUCAAUAAUUGAUAUAUUUAUUUCUUCUAUACAUGAAGAAACCUUUUUCAGCUUCAGCAAAACUGACUGAAAUUAAUUCAAGAAAACUUGUUUACCUGUGUGAAAUCUUCCAAGGAUUAUGUAGUUUUCAGAGUAUGCACGUUUACGCACAUUUAUUUUGACACCUAAAGUGGAUCUGUGAUUGUUUUGAACAUAAUGUCUUACCAUAGCUAAAAUAAAGAAAAUUUAUUACAGGCUGAAUAGUGUAUGAAGUUGAAGCUGAAGGGGCAUGAAGUGAUUGCAUGAAGGGGCACUAUACGAUUGUAAGCAAUAAGAUAAAAAUGUGUAACUUAAUUAAUAAUUAAUUGGUAAUUUUCAAAACAAAAUAGUCGGAAAAUACUAAAAAUGUUCGAGACAGUUUGAAGCAAAAAAAGUGCCAGAGGCACGUUUAAGUUAAGACUCACUAAGAAUGAUCGUAAAGGUGCUCUGACGUUCAAUGCCUAAACUUGCCCUGUCGCCAAGUUUGGAUUUAUUUUUAACGUGCAAAAAAUUUAAUAGCAUUUUAGUUCAUACAAAUACAAAUUUCAAAAAAGGACAAAAUUCUGCUUAUUGUUAUAUAUUUGUUUUUUCUUAACAAAGUAUUUUUUAUUCACAAUAAGCUUCAAAACACAUUCAACACAAUAUUUACUCAACUUGAUGGAAAACAGAUUAUUCUUUCUGCAUGCUGGACCGAAGCUCGACUAAUGCUCAAAAACUUGUGAGAAUAUUUGACAGGGAGUAGCAUCAAUCUGGUAUGACUGUUGGCUCUCCAGUUAUAAUUUGUUUUGAAAAAAGGACACUGCUUAAACAUGCCCUGGUCCACCCUAAUCAUGCAAGUUCUAGCACGUUUGUGUUCUUCAAAGAAUACAUAUAGCCUUCACAAAUGAACAGUGGCCACACUCGAGGAGUGCUCAUGCAGCACCUGAUCAUAAUGCUGUGUUUUACGUUCAAUACGUCAUCCUGGCCUACAUUUCUCACCUAGACAAAACAGCUGACAUAGGUCACACCCAUUGUACCAAAAACCUGAAAUGUGAAUAAAUAUUGUAGAGAACUCUCUCAUUUUUUUCUGACAAAUGAUUAUAUUUUCUAUUCAAAUCAUUAUGCGUUGACAGAACAUCAAAUUGACUUGCUUAUCGUAGUGUUUACUGCCGUGGGCAGGUAAAGGGCAGUAACUGCAAAUUUUUCAUUUUUCCUUUUUUUGCAUUUUUGCACUUGAGCUUUAUUGUACAAGCUUGCUUAUUUGAUUUCCGCUGAAAACCCCCCCUGAAAAAGUCUUAAUUUCAAAAUCUCUCCAUUGUUAGUAUUGAAUCCCAAACAAAUUUCUUGAAAUAUCUCAAAAAGCCAUUUCUGCAGAUACUGCCAUUUACCUGCCCAUUGCAGUUUAUAUCCGCCCACAUGUUAUUAGGCUAGUUUUGUUCGCAGAAACUUUGGUAUAAUUUGGGUCCACUCAUACCAUGCCCUUUUAUUCUUGUCAGAGAGUGGUGGCUUCCUCCCUGGCUCUACAGCCUUUUAGACCAACUUCAUGAAUUGAUUUCAAGCAGAUAUUGUUGCAUUAAAACCUACUGACAGCUCCUCAAUUUCGUCCGAUGAUCUGUUUGUGCCUGUACUGGGCCUAGUUACCUCGUGUCCAACGGCAUAUUGGAGAGAUCAGUAUGAACAUUUUAGCUAAUGAAAUCUCUACCUGAGAUAUUUUAUGCUUGGGCAAAAACUGUAUUUGUACUCAUUAACUCAGUUUAUUUAAGGCAUAUUAGCGACCAUAAUGCACAAUAUGACAAAUUGAAACACCAAAACCACAAAAAUCACAGAAUGCAUCCUCUACAAGUGGAAGUAGCUACCUGUAAAAAAUAAAAAAAAUAAAAAACAAAUUACACCUGGUGUUUUAUUGGUUGCUUUGAUGUGAGUCAUGAUCUUUUACCUUUUUUUAAAUGCCAACAAACUGCACCUUAAAUAACAGGUUUUAUGUACUACUAUGGUUAUUAUACACUCAUGCAAAAUUUGAUACCUUUGGUCAAAUCUAUAUAUCAGCAUAAAUAUUUUGGUCUGUUUGAUUUACUCUGAAUUUUUAUAAACAUGCAAAAAAUAAAAUUUUUAUUAUAGA